UUCGAACAGCCCCUUAUCGAUGUCGGUCCUCACGCUUCAAAUCUUUCCCUAAUUUUGAAUAAAUCUUCUUACUGGUAGCGCUUUGAUUCCAGUUAGUCCUGUACUCCAUGUUGAAGCAAACAAUUGGCAGAGUUUGCAGAACCAGUGUUUAUGCUUGCGACGUUAACAGAGUUUUGCCUUCGAUUUAUGUGCCUUCAUGCUUUUUCCACAAUGGACAUGCGAAAAUGGCACCUAGAAGCUUUUUUGGGGUAGAGGAUUUCCUGGAUGAUGACAACAGCCGACCUUACACAUACCAGAAAGGGAAGAAGUCAAAGAAUCCAAAUAAACAUGUAUCAUUCAAACAAAGAACAAUUGCUUACAUGGAACCUUUUACUCUUGACGUGUUUAUCUCAAAACGGUUUGUAUCAGCUUCACUCACUCAUAGGGUGACAAGCAAACAGGUUGCAGUUGCUGGUACCAACUCCAAGGACAUAAAAGCUGUUCUAAAGUCUCGUUCAGACAUACCUGCAUGCAUAGCCAUUGGUCGGAUUUUAGCUGACAGAGCAAGAGAAGCUGAUGUUUACACUGCUGCUUAUACUCCAAGGGAUAGGGACAGGUUUGAAGGGAAAAUCAGAGCUGUAGUUCAAUCACUUAUUGAUAACGGAAUUGAUGUCAAGGUUUAUCUUGAUUGAGUCACAAAAGUUUUUUGAGCAAACAUUAUCUAUUAAGUUAUUGAGAUUCUGGUUGAAGCAAUCUUGUCCCAUUAUGUAUUUGAUCAUGUCCAUUUAGCUUGAAAAUUGAUAAUGA